CUCCUGAUGUCAUUGCUAAGAGGUGUCCGUCCCCAUGACAACGCAUUGUCUCCAAGUUCAGAAGCUUAGCUUCCUUGCUUCAGGACAAGACCUGGCUGGCGGGGACACUGACAGGAGGCAGCAGAGAUCCUCACUGCUUAGCCAGGAAGAUGCAAGCCAACCCCAUCCGCAUUCCAACUGUUAGCAAUGACACCGCCUGGGACUACUGCUUCCAUCUGUCACAGCAAAACAGGAACCCAGCACAACACACUGAUGACUUGUUUACUAUCUGUCAGUAUAGAGAGACUGAAGAAGACACUACAGUCCAGAAAAAAGGGAUGGCUCUUCCAAAACAGCAAUUAGCUGAGUCCCAGGAGAAAGUUGGUCAGCUCGUUAAGGAAAAAAUGAAUACCAAAGCAAACAAGGAGCUGAUUCGGUGUUUCAUCCUUUCUCGGAUUAUUUUUGGGGAAGAACACUGGAAAUGUGCGCAGGCUUUAGCCAACCUGGCUUAUGGUUACCUGACACUGAGAGGCCUCCCAGCUCAGGCCAAGAAACAUGCUGUGUCUGCCAGGAACACACUGCUGACCUGGAAGCAAAACACAACCUCAGACAAGGAGAAAAGGGAAAUCCUGGGAGCUCUGGUCAUGCUCUACUACACUCUGGGAAUAGCUUGGCUCCUCCAAAAGCGUGGCAAACAGGCCUAUAUCCACCUGCAGAAAGCGGACAGAAACAUGAAGGAACUGAAAGACUUGAACAACGGAGGUGUUGGGGGAAGCCAAGUCUCAGAGAAAGACCUAACCGUUGCUUUGGGCAGAGCCUCCUUGGCCAUGCACAGGAUGAACCUAGCUCUGGCAUACUUUGAAAGGGCUAUUGGCAACAUCAUCAUUGCCAAGGGUCAUGGCACAUCAGAACUGAUUAGUCUGUAUGAAGAAAUCGCUCAGAUUGAGCAGCUGAGGAAGAACCAUGAGCAGGCCAUCCAGUAUUUGCAGCAGGCCUAUUCUAUCUGUGUUUCUUCAUUUUCUGAAGUCAGCCCCCAAACUGCUGAGGCGAGUGCUUUGCUAGCUAAAGCUUAUGCCAUGUCUGGAGAAUCCCAGCACAGGGAUGCAGUUGAGAUUUAUUUCAUAAGAAGUAUUAGUACAUAUCAAACAUUGGGCUCUAAAGAUUAUGAAACUCUCACCGCUAUUGAAGACUUUUGUACAUGGCUCAUCCAAAAUGGCGAAAAACAGGUGGCUUACAAACUGAUAAAGUAUACACUGAACUCUCGCACCUAUGGUGACUGUGGUAAGAAAGUAGCCGAAACCUUUUAUAACAUGGGCAGCAUCUGUUUUGCCAAAGGAGAGCUCAGAAAUGCGAUUCAGCUGUUAAGGAAGUGUCUGAUGGUUCAAAUUCUUAUCUAUGGAAGUAAGCAUAUUAAGACCAGAGAGACUAAAAACCUCCUUACCCUAUUGCAGAGUAAGGACUUCAGUGGACUUGAGUUAUACACAUGGGAACAGCAACUCAGCUGACACACUCCAGAACCAUUUCUGUAUGGAAAACCUGAGAAUAAUCGAUUUGCUCAAGCUAAGCUGCCCAGAAAGAGGCAGGGCUGGGAUUUCACACAGGUCUCUCUAACUUCAGAAUGUGGCCUCUGGAGGCAGUAUAGCUUCUACUAUAAAAGCAGAUUUAAAACUCCAGGCUUCAACUCUCCACUCUUUCAUCUUAGAGAACUUACUUUAACGCCCUUAGCCUUACUUAGAACUCACUUAACUCCCGUAGCCUGGAGUUACGCACCACUAUAAUAAUGGCACUUCCCUCUCAUGUCUGCAUUAAUGAGACCAUACGUUAUGGUCAGGUUCUGGCCAACUUUAAAUCUUAAAUGUUUACUGAUUGUCAACAUCAUAAUAAAAUGUCAAUAAUGAUAGUAAUUCUUUUUCUGAAGUAUAGACAUAAUGAGCCAGGAUGUUUAAAUGAGUCGUAUAUAUUACCAUAUUAUUAUUUUAUGUUAGGAGUAGGGUAAGGAAUAUUCAUGACUGGAGUAAGACAGGAUUUUAACCUAUUUUUACCACCUAGGAAGUACAUGAACCUGAGCAAAUCUGCUACUCCUCCUUGAGCCUUGGCUCACUAACAUUUCAGUAAAUCAUGAGUUGUUAGUACUUUUUAAGUCAUAAGGAUUGAAGCAGAAUCCUGUCUAUGCAUGCCCAACAGAGUAUGUGCUAAGUCAGUGUUAGCUGCACAUUCUUCCCUCCCCUUCCUUACAAAACACUCACUGCCUCUUACUUUUAAGGCAACACAUCAGAAUAUUUGAAAUCUGAGGUAACUGUUAGUCAGAAUCACCAUAUUUUGUGAUUGAGGAUUUGACACUCUGCCUUAUUCAAUGUACCUAUUGUGUUUUGAAAUUACUACCAAUGAAACAAUAACAAAAAUAAAAACAACAACAUGCGAUUUCAGAGACAAAAUACAGUCUCUUUCCUCAAAUUUGGAGUAAAACUUCUACCCAGCUUGUAUUCAAACAAGAGAAGCCUCACAGCUGGAGAGAUGGCUAAGUCAGUUAAAGGAGCCUGCUGCCACCUCUGAAGAUAAUUCUUGAGACCCACACGGUGGGAGAAGUGAAAAGACUCCUGCAAUUUGUCCUUUGACCUCCAAAUGCAUGCCAAUGCUUAUCAUGGCAUGCAACGCAAGAGUGCAUAUACAUGCACACACCAAAACAAACAAACAAAAAGUAAAUAUAAAGAUAGGAGACCCACAACUGGUCAAGGCUCAAAUAAUAAGUGACUGCUGAGUGCUCAGCCCUAAAGGAGAUAUCGAUCGAUCGAUUGAUCUGCACUCCCCUCCUAGGGCUCAAACAUCGUUGUGGAAGAGGCAGCAGAAAGACUGUAAGGAAUAGGGUGGUUGGGUGACCACAAGGAAACAAUGUCCUCAGUGUACAAGAGUCGCUCAUGUGAGCUCAUAGUGGUUAUGACACCACGAACAAGAUCUACACAAGUUUAAGGCCCACAUGCAAAAUUAGAUAGGCAGCAUUAAUAGGACUGGAUGGCUUUAAAAAAAUGAGAAAACAAAGUUGGAUGGGUGAGAUGAGAGGUAAAUCUGGGAGAAGAUGGAAGAGGGGACAGGACAGUCAAAAUACAAUGUAUUCUUAGAGUUAAUAAAAUAUAUUUUUAAUUUUUUAAAGAGAAAGUUCAAGAUAAAUGGAUAAAUAAAUAAAUAUUUUCUCAGUAGCCUCAAGUUGACAAGAGCCCUAGAAGGAGGAGAAAUUAAGGGACAUUUGUGGAAGCCGAUGUAGACCAGGCAGUCUACAUUUCUUGAGGUGUCUGAACUUAAGUGGAUCAGGUUUCAGAUUCCCACUCCUUCACUAUGUAGAGGAUCUAGCUUUGAUGGGUUUGCAUCUGCAUACGGAGAAACCUGUUCAGUAGGUCACACUCUGGAACCCAUUUUAUACACAGACACACUGAGAACUGAGUUUCUCCAGUUACUUUGCCCAGGAAGAGGCAGGGCUGCUGGGAAUUUAAUAUAGGUCUCUAACUGCUCUCUUUCUCUGCUGAAGACAGCAAGAUCUAGACCUAGCCCGAGUCCAUAUAAGGGGAAAAGAAGUCUUUUGAAGGCCUCUGCUGUAGCAGAUAUUGCGUCAAUAAAGGUUUUUCUUUCCCUGAAACAAGCCGGUAUCUCAUUUCCCAAGAACUGCUGAGCAAAGCCAUGGGUAGUUGCCAAAGCCCAGAUGUCCAAAAGCAAUGCACGGAUUGCUCUCUCUGCUUCAGCAUCUCACUGGAACAAUCAGUCCCAGAUGUCCUGGGACUCUGCUGUGUUCCGAUGUGCUCUAGUAUGCUUUCCCCCACCUCCUGCAGGAACGUAGUGAAACAAUCUCUGGACUGCCAUGGCCAGCAGCCUGAAUUCUUGUCUUUUGGGGCCUAUGCAAAGGAGUUAGAGCAGAUGGGCCACUUGAAGCAGGAGUUAAUUCCAAGGCAGAACAAUAGUUGCAAGGGCACAAGGACAUUCUGUAAGAUUUCAGUGCAUGGAACAGGCAGAGAAAACUUCAGAUUUGGAAACAAACUUGGAGGUUGUUUGGUUCAAAUUUUACCUGAGUCACAAACGCACUUCAUUUUUGUUGUUUUGUUUUGUCUUUAGAGACAGGGUUUCUCUGUGUAGCCUUGGCUAUCCUGGAACUCGUUUUGUAGAUCAGGCUGGCCUUGAACUCACAGAGAUCCACCUGCCCCCGCCUCCUGAGUGCUGGGAUUAAAGGUGAGUGCCACCACCGCCCGGCUAUUCACUUCAAUUUUAACCAUUCAUAAAUCAAGCUCUUAAGAAUGAGCACUAUGCUUCAGGUCUUUUCCUUUCAGAGAAAACACACAUGUACCAGUUUAAAAUUAUUCUGUAGCACACUUUUAAUAGAAUUAUAAAUGAAAAUGAUGUGGACUAAAUUGUGAAGCCAGAACUUGAGUGUAAACUUUGUGCAGGAAGGGUCCAAGGUCUUCAAAUGUAGGUAGACAACUGUAGCACCAGAUAGAAAAGAAGCCAGAGAGGGUCUUCCAAGCAGUGUGAACAAAAGCUCAGUGUCCUCGCGAUGGUAUGUAUUUCUCAGGGAAGCAAGUAGACUUGACUUGUUCUAGUUUAAGGUGCAUGAGUAAUAACGUGCUGCCAAUAAACUUGGGAUGAAAUACUAGGGCCAUACUAUGGGACUUUCACUUCAUAAACUAUACUAAAUAUUUUAGGACUUAUUUAGAUGGCAACUAUCGAAGAACUUUGAACAGGUUACAAUAGCCAGUUAUCAGCUUUCAGACAUUAACUCUGAUAGCAAUGGGCCUGAAAGAUAGUACCUAAGGAGAAAUAAGGAGAGUACUUAGAGGGCAGAUGCACCAGCCCAAGAGAGGUGUUGUGAUCUUUAAGUACCUAAGCUAUAGUGAAAGCAUGUAUAGAUGGUAGACUGAGAAACAUUCUAUAGUCUAUGUUGACAAACUUUGAAACCAAUUAGAUGUGAAGUGUGGCAGGGGCAAGAAACAAAGGUGGCUUUGAAGUCUCUGGCUUAGGCUGGAGAGAUGGCUCAGCAGUUAAGAGCACUGGUUGCUCUUCCAGACAUCUUGAGUUCAAUUCCCAGCAACCACAUGGUGGCUCACAACCAUCUGUAAUAGGAUCUGAUGCCCUCUUCUGGUGUAAAGGUGUACAUGCAGAUAGAGCACUCAAAAUUUAUUUAUAAAAGAAUUUAUAAUUUAUUUAUAAAAUAAAUAAAUCUUAAAAAAUAAGAAGUCUCUGGCUUGACAACUGGGUGAAUACAAUGGACAGUGCUGGCAGAGGAGAGGAGACUAUCUUGGAGGAUGUCUAGGACCUAGGGAGAUAAUGAUUUCCAUGUUGCAUAUGCUAUGUUUGAAGUACUCCCUGCACACCCACUUGGCAAUGUCCUGUAAAUCUACUUGGCAAUGUCUAGUAAGCUGCGGGCAGUUUGGAACAAGAGCUCAAGGAGAUAUAUACUGAAGCUUAUGAGAUAGAUAAAAUAAUCUACAGAAUGUGUGUAUAUGUGAAACAACAGGACUUGGAAAGAACUCUGGAGAGCACGCAUGCUUAUUUUGGAGAGAUUGUAGCAUGAUGAUUUAAUACCUUAGCAAUGGGACACAAAUUUGAGCUUUCAUAUUAACAGUAAGACUUCCUAACUCUCACUUUAUCCCUAAAAAUAAGAUCACUCUAUCUAAGCAUUUAAUAUAUGGCAGACACACAACUUCCAUGAACUGUAGUAGUAGUAAUAAUAACAACAAUAAGCUAUUGGCAAAGUCCAGUGGUAACACAGGACUUUAAUACCAGCACUAGGGAGGCAGAGGCAAGCAGAUCUUGAUGAUUUCAAGGCCAGCCUGGUUUACAGAGCUAGUUCUAGGACAGCCAAGGCUAUACAAAGAACCCUGUCUUAGGGGGUGUGUGCAACUGAACAGUGAGCAUACAUGAUUUCUAAUCUCAAGCAGUAUUAACCAAGAUGAGUGUUAGCUUGUUAUUUGUGAUAAUGGAAACUACAGUUAUUAUAAGCCCAAUAUAAGGGGAGUCAGCCUUCUUUAUACAGCCUUCUUUAUACUUUGUACUUUAUUGAAAAUACUUGUUGUUAUACUACCUUUUUGUUGGGUAUUUUGGGGGGAAAAUGAGUGAAAUGUUUAAAUGCAUGUGUCCCAUGACUCUAAACUAUGGCUCAGACUCUGUCUUUUGAGAUCCUUACACAAAUGAUGUGCAUGUCUGUCUGCAUCUUCCUUAAAGACUUCUUUCAUAGGAAAAAAAUGGUAGAAAAACUUAAUACCAACCAGAAGAAACAGUGGUAUAUGUUUAUUUUCAUAUAGCAUGGUCAUUCAAAAACAUGGUUUGUAGAUUUCUGGAGAGUCACAGAAAAUACCUCAGAUAUAUUGAAAGGAAUAAGAAAAAAAUCCAUAUUGUUUUUUAUAAAUAUAUGAUUAGUAAAGAUAAUAGUAUUAUCUCUGGGCCAUUUGAGUGUGGAGACUUUCUUUAUGCUAUAUACUUCUGUUAUUUUCUAUUAAAUUUUAUAACAUGCAUUUUAUUUGUGGUGAUAGAAAGAUAAACCCAAGCAUGUGACACAAGCGUCAAUGUUAAGAGAUAAUUCAGUGUAGCAGUAAGAACUGGGAUUACACCAAUGGCUGGGUUACAACCCAGCUCUGCUGUGUAUUAGCUAUGGUCUUGGACAAAUCACUGGUCAGUUUCCUCAUCCAUAAACUAGGGAUAAGCACAGAAUGCCCAAUUUGUAUGGCUGUUGUAAGUAAAUGAGUUAAUGUGAGGAAAACUGUCUGGAAAGACAUCUGGCAUGGAGCAUGUGAUAAUUAGAGAUGAUGAUGAUAAUGAUGGCAGAUGUGAAGUGAGUGGAGACUAAUAAAAGCCAUUCUACUGGCAAAUAGGAAAUCCCCAUUUACUAAGAUUAGCAUGAACUCGAUUAGUAGAACAACUUUUUGAGAUUGUUUGUCCAGUACCUGAUUAAACAUGUUCCAUAAUAAGAAAGUCACUUAAUACCUUGCAGUCUGGUCCUUCCAUUACAAGAGAGUCCUAACUAUAGAAUAAUUUAGACCACAGACUAAAUGUAGUGUUACAAAGCUGUUUGAAUCUCAUUCAUUCCAACACUUUUCACAUACAAGUUAUCCUAAAUUUCAGCUUUCUUUAAUGAGGGGUCAAAUAGAAUCUAUACUAUACAAACAAUGCAGAGUGAGAGUAUUUACACAAGGCACUUGGCACCAGCAUGUAGUAGGCAAUAUGAGAUUAAUAGAUAUUGACUGUGACUAUUAAUCCAGACUGAUUGGCAGUAUGAAAGCGUGGAGUAUCACCUUCAUUUUCAUCCUAGUCAAAUAUCUCUGGGACAACUGCAAACUGAGAAGUUAUGUUGAUAGAGUUCUUUGAUGAAUUUUGAAGCUAUAUGUGCCAAUAGAGGGGGUUAAAAAAAAAAGGUUCCUUUUUUACAAGAAGAGAAAGAAAGCAGGUACCACAGAGUCCAUUGACCUAUCAGGGCCCAAGCUUCUUUUUUUUUUUUUUUGUUUUUAAAUAAACUUUAUUAUAAAAACUUGUGGGUUGGGGGGAUUGGCAUACACCAAACCCAAAGUCAAUACAUCUUAAUGACAUCUAACUUGUAUUCAGUUAGAGUAGCCAUUCUGAAGCACAGAACUCGACAUUGGACUUUACUCUUUUAAUAGCAAAUGUAUUUAGUGGAUUUAUUCACCACCCAGAAAGGAAAAAAAAUCUAUGACACAAUUGGAACUAGAGAAACAUCUUUCAGAGCUCAUGUCCAUUACCUGCAUUCAGUCCUUCCUCAUCUUGGGCAUGUAAACACAAUGGAGCAGCUGCUUCUGGGCUGGGAGGCUGGGAGGGGAAAGGUGAAGGAAUGAAGCGUGAAAACCCCUUUGUGAAGUUAAAAGGGAGAGUAUUUGGUCAGUAUGAGAGAGUGAGAAGGACCAUUGGCUUCAGGGUCCAGAUACUAACUGGCAGCAGCUUUUCCAGAUCAGGAUUCAAGCACUAGCUUGAUAUAGUGGCUCACAUGGAGAAGCAAACACUUGGGAGCCUUUAGUUCUCUGCCUUCAGAUCUCCUUUAUGGCAAACAGUGACUCCUAAGCCAUGAAGAGGCAGUUCUGGGGGUUCCUUGUUUUUGGCAGAACCACUGGGAGAUGGAUAGUCCACAGCCAUUCUUCCUUGCCCACAAAAUGGACAAGUAGGAGGGUCUAGUGUGGACUAAGACAAGGCAAGUUCACACCCUUCAUCUCAUGGUAUCUCUCGGUUGUUAACUUCCUGGAGUGGUACUUGCAGAUCAACAGCAAAGUUCCAGCUUUGGUAGUGUUUGGUUUAUUGGCAUUUUCUGCCAUACGCUGUGGGCAGGGGAAUACCUAUACUAUCAACAAUUAUUUGCUAUUCAGGGGUAGAGAAAAGAAUACUGUCCUCUGAGGCAGUGACCCUCCUGGGGGAUAGCAAUUAUGCUCUGAGUUACUUAUACAUUUUUGGACUCAGUCUACCUGUCUUAUGCAUGCCUUUAACAUCUGGUAAGAACCCACCAAAUAACAGAUACAGCCAGAGAGGUCAGAGGUUAGCAACAUAAAUAAAACAUUCCAUUCACCAUAAGGGGACAGCCUUCAGUGCAGGAAAUAGCUCAAAGAAACUAUAAAAAUACAAAACAUGAGUUCCAGAUUAGAGCCCCCUAUGCAGUGAGGAGAAGAAGAAGACAGUAGCUAGAGGACCCAGAAAAGCCUUCAGAGUGUAACUACUGAGCUGUUUCCCAAAGGGAAAGUUCAUCCAGACC